GAAGACGUGCGCGUGCGCGUGGCAUCCUCUUCGCAUCCGGGCCGGAGUUCUCCUGCCCCCUCCCCCGCCCCGCGCCGCCGUAGCACUUCGGUGCGUUGCACCGCGGGAGUCUAGGCAGUUCAGAGUGCGUCUGGGCGCUGGACCCCACCCGGUGGGCGACGGCACGCGUGCUCGCACCCUUUUGCCGUGGUCCUAGCAGCUGCACCUCCGGGAUCUGGGGACGUAGGGUGCCUGGCCUGUCGGUGCAUCGCUGCCCUGGGCGCCGCAGCCCGCAGCCGCCUGCCUUCCUCGGCCCUGCCUGUCCCCAGGGGCUCAGGCCGCCGGUGAUCGCCCACCGCCCAGCUCAGCCGAGCAGGGCAGCGGUGCGGCGUCCAGCGCGUUCCCGCAGCCGGCCCUCCGGCCUGCCUUCCCCGCAGGCAGCCCGCGCCUUGGAGGGAGGGAGCAGUCUGAGCCGACACCGGCGCGGCCAGGCGGGGCGAUGAGCUUCUUCGGCUUCGGGCAGAGCGUGGAGGUGGAAAUCUUGCUGAAUGAUGCGGAGAGUAGGAAGCGAGCGGAGCACAAGACUGAGGACGGGAAGAAGGAGAAAUAUUUCCUCUUCUACGACGGGGAAACCGUCUCCGGGAAAGUGAGCCUAUCUCUGAAGAACCCCAACAAGCGACUAGAGCACCAGGGCAUCAAGAUCGAGUUCAUUGGGCAGAUCGAACUCUACUAUGACCGUGGGAACCACCAUGAGUUUGUGUCUUUGGUGAAGGACUUGGCUCGGCCAGGAGAGAUCACCCAAUCACAGGCCUUCGACUUUGAGUUUACUCACGUGGAAAAGCCGUAUGAAUCCUACACAGGGCAGAAUGUGAAGCUACGCUAUUUCCUUCGAGCCACCAUUAGCCGCCGCCUCAAUGAUGUUGUCAAAGAAAUGGAUAUUGUAGUUCACACACUUAGUACCUACCCGGAGCUGAACUCAUCCAUCAAGAUGGAAGUCGGGAUUGAAGACUGCCUGCACAUUGAAUUUGAGUAUAACAAAUCCAAGUACCACUUGAAAGAUGUCAUUGUAGGGAAGAUAUACUUCCUGUUGGUGAGAAUCAAAAUCAAGCACAUGGAGAUUGACAUCAUCAAACGGGAAACAACCGGCACAGGUCCCAAUGUGUACCAUGAGAAUGACACAAUAGCCAAGUAUGAAAUCAUGGACGGGGCACCAGUUCGAGGUGAGUCCAUCCCCAUCAGGCUCUUCCUGGCUGGCUAUGAGCUCACACCCACCAUGCGGGACAUAAAUAAGAAGUUCUCUGUGCGCUAUUACCUCAACUUGGUGCUGAUAGAUGAGGAGGAACGACGCUACUUCAAGCAGCAGGAAGUGGUGUUAUGGCGGAAAGGUGACAUCGUGCGGAAGAGCAUGUCCCACCAGGCAGCCAUUGCCUCACAACGCUUCGAGGGCACAACCUCACUGGGUGAGGUGCGGACCCCCGGCCAACUGUCUGACAACAACAGCAGGCAGUAGGCCCUUGGGGCCAAGAAGUUGCUGGGCUUCCACCGCAGCACCCAUCUACCAAACACCAGCGACUGGGGGAGGGGCGGAUGGUGUGAAGCUCAACUGGCCGUUACUUGCAACCUUGAAAACAAAUCAUGUUUUUUACUUAAAUUCUUUUCUCUGAAGAACUUAAGGGGCUUGGGUUGGGCAGCAGUCUCCCUGGGAUUCUGCACCCUAGGUAGGGAUAGGGACAGGAAACAAUCUGGAAGCUAGUCCCUCCCUUGGGAAUGAGCUGUCUGUCAAGGCUGUCUCAAGCCUUAAAGCAGAGUUGAGAGCACACAUCCUUGGCUCCAGGCGCUCUGGGCUUCCUGACACAGAAGCUGAGUAUGUCCUGCCAGCAGGGCUCUGGGUAGUCACGUCUUAUGUUCCCUUUGACUGUUUUGAGGUAGUGGCAGAAGUUGUUGGGCCUAUUGGGCCUGUCUCAUCUAAGUUGGAGGAAGACUCAAGAUGAGGAAGCUACCUCUCGGGGCGUCUGGGAUGUGGUGUUCUGAAGUUUCCAGUCACCGCUGGCCUCUCACUACUGGGACCAGACACCUCUCUUCUCCAUCUUCUGUAGCUUGUCAGGAACCAUACAGGAGCAGAAGCCUAAGGAAGGGUCUGGAGCUGACUGUCCUCUCACUUGUGAGAAACAGGGCCAUCAAGAAGUCCUGAGAACAUGUCAUACAUGGACGGCCAAGGGGCUAAGCUAGAUCUUCUGAGGGGGAAACAUCAGGCUAGGCAACUGUCUGCCUUCACCACAUGACUCUGCUCGACAGCCCAACGUCUGGGUUGUUCUAGGGAAUUAUUUUAAAUUAUCCAUGAGCACUAAGCAGAGGGUCUGUUUCCUUUAGUAUAGACCCUGAGAAGAGGCUGGAUCCAUUUGCCUCCCUAAAGAGAUCUGUCCUUAACCCUUGCCUCCACUUGAUUUCUGGAACUGGCCUUGGUUUCAGGCAUGUAGAAGUUUUGUUACUCCCACUCCAAACCCUUUCAUCCUACUGUCUACAAGUUAAGGGAAGAUGGGCCCCUGCACAAGACCCUGCUACCCUAACUUCAGAAUAAUUCUGCUUGCCAAAUUAUGUCUUUAACUUCACCAGUUCACUGGCUCAAGUUUAGGACCACUGGUUUUUUGUUUAAUUUAAAAAAAAAAAAAUAGGAAAACUCUUGGAUACUAGAGAAGAGGCAGUUAUCCCUCAUGCUCUGUGCUUGGGCCUGCAAGUAAUAAAGGGGUUGACUUGUCUUUUCUGCCUUGUCUGGGAAUGACCAGGAUUAUCUUCUGUUGGAAGAUCAAGUGGACCUGAUGUUCAACAAGUACAGUAUGUGCUGGUCUGUGUUCUCUGUGAUUUGGAAAGUAAAGGAUUUGUUCCUGUGUCAUCUUUCAGUUUGUAUAGAAAAUGGGGACCCCUCUCAGAAGUCAGUCCAAUUUCUGACUUUGGUGGGUUGGGGCUAAUGGAUCAGAGUUCAGAUGAGAGACACUUGGGAUGACUGGGGAUAGCAGAGCUAAGGAAAGUAAACUUUUUUCAAUGCCAGACCCCAAGUUUAGGUGUGACAUACAAUCCCCAUGGGAACAGGUUCACCCCUCCAGCUGUCCUUGGAUAUCAAGGCUGGGCCCUAGCAUAUGAGGGAGGUAGGUUUUGUGCUCUUGCCUUUUUCAGGGUAUGAGACUAGACACUCCUGUGCCUCCUUUUAAUAUCUCAUUAAAAGCAUUUGUCAAUUUCUCUGCCUCCCAGCUGACAACACAAAUUCAUUUUCCAACUUUGCUAAUAUCUUAAGCCUUUCUUAAGAAAGAGAACUAAAAGGUAGAAUAUGCUUUGUUUCUCUCAGGAGCUGUGCACAAGCCAGGUCUUGUUUUCUCUGACUCUGCCCCCAUUUUCUUUCCUCUGCCAACUGUGAAAGUGUGGGGGGACUCCCAUCCCCAUCCUUUAAGGUUCCCAAACCUGGAGUGCGUAGGUACUAAACCAAGCAGUGCAACUUGUAAGUAAGAAGCUGCAGUGUUUACAUGUUUCUUAAUGUGUUGUCUUUUCAAUGGCUGUAUUUUAAAGAACAUUUGUUUUAAUGGUGUCUCUAAUUAAAGGAAGCCCUAUGGCUUUGGAGGCAUUGUGCCCAUGGUCCACUA